UGUCCUUUCCACAUACUCUCUUUCAGAGGCCCAAACCCUAUUUUCUUCUGGGGUUCAUUCUUUUCUUCAUUUCUUUCUUUGCACUGUGCGUGUUGAAUCGGAGGGAAGUUGGUACUCUCUCAUGGCAAGCAGAAAGAUCGCCGCGGAUUUGUUCCUUUCGAGGUGUUAUCUUCUUCGCCGACAGCGAUUAUUGGUGCCUCCCCAUCGUCUGCAGGUGUUCCCUAGAUCCCUGGUGUCUUCGCCCAACCGCCAUUGGUGUAGGCGUGAAUACAGUGUAUUCAAUGAGUUCUCCAAGAAGAUUAAAGGUGAAGUCGACAGGAACCAAGAGUUUCAAAAGUCCAUGAAGGAAAUUAAGAACAAGGCCGAGGAGUUAAAAGGUGUAAAAGAGGAUUUAAUGGCUAGAACAAAGCAGACUACUGAGCAGCUGUACAAGCGAGUGGAUGGCGUCUGGAACGAAGCUGAAGGGAAAGCAAAGAAGGUUUACGCCGAUGUGGAAGAAAAGCUUUCAGCUGCUAAAGAAGAGGUCAAAGAAAGUUUCGGUAUUGGAAAGGAGUCUCCAGAAAAUGGAAGCAAGGACUCAUCAGGGGAAGAAAAGAAUCCAGGGCAGGGGCAGGAGCAGGGGCAGGGGCAGGGGCAUUCUCAAUCAACUGACAAUGCUGAAACAAUAUUUGGAAAGGUCAAGUUUGGUGUUUCUUCGAUCUCUCCCAAGGUUUCACUGGCAUUUCAAAGAUUGAAAGAAGCUAAACCACUUGACUUCGCCAAGAAGGGCUAUGACAUUGUGAAAGAUGAAUUGAAAGGUAAUCCAAAUAGGAGAAAGCGCCUGGAGUAUGAUGUGUCUUCAGCUACUCCCCCACCUAACAUACAGAAAAGUACACGGACUGAUAUUGUGGUGUUACCUUCAAAACAGUCGCGAUGGAAUAAGAAGUGGGAGGCAUUCAAGACUAAGAUGCAAGGCCAUCCUCUAUUCAAGCGGGUUAGUAGGAUUGGUGAGCCAGUAAUUGAAAAAAGCCAAGAGAUUGCGGAGGAUAUGCGGGAGAGAUGGGAGACUAGUGAUCACCCAGUUGUUCACAAGAUUCAAGAUAUUAGUGAGACAGUUCUUGGAGAAUCAGAUGCUGCCAUGUCAUUUAAAGAGAUCCGUCGCAGGGAUCCGACUUUCUCUUUACCAGAAUUUGUUGCUGAGGUUCAAGAAGUAAUCAAACCAGUCCUCAAUGCAUAUUUCAAAGGGGAUACUGGAGUUUUGGGAAAAUAUUGUACAUCCCAUGUCAUUGAGCGCUGCAAAGCGGAGCACAAGGCUUAUGAAAGCCAGGGAAUAUUUUUUGACAAUAAGAUUUUACACAUAUCAGAUGUCGAAGUUCGAGAGACCAAAAUGAUGGGAGAGACUCCCAUAAUCAUUGUUGCAUUCCAGACACAACAAGUCUACUGUAUUCGAGAUAGACUUGGCGCCAUAACGGAAGGUGGUCAGGAUACAAUUCACACGGUGUAUUAUGCGUGGGCCAUGCAGCAACUAGAUCCUGAAGAACUUGGAGAUGGUGCUCCUUACUCUAUAUGGAAGCUUAGGGAGAUGCAGCAGCUCGGUGUCCGAGCCCUAAUCUGAUUUUGAUUAUUUAAUUUGAUUUGAUUUUUGUUCACAAUAUGGAAGGAUGUUUAUUUUUGUUGGGAUGAGAGGCAAUGGUAGUAGCUGAUCGAUCAAGAAAUUUUGGAGUAACUUUAAUUUGGUGGAUGAUGCAAAUGCCACAAGCUGAGGCAGGACAGGUAAUCAAUCUCAAUCUCUCUAUCUCAUGCUAAAUAAAUGACUAUCAUAUACAUAUAUAUAUUAUAUAUAUAUGCGUGUGUAUAUAUAAGGGUUUUGAAGUCCUCUGUGUUGAUAAUUAUUCUCAUUUGAUUUGUGGUGAAUUGCAUUGCUGCAUAUUUCGGUAAAAAUGUUUGCUUGUUUUAUGUUGGAAAGUAAUAACUCUGAAUCACUUAAAUUGG